AUGCUAUAUACUUACAAGAAGGAGGUGCCUCAUGCCCCAGCAGUUACCAACACGUCCGUCCCGCCCGUUUCUUCCGCACCCAUCCAUGAUCCAGCCAACCCUGAUACACAACUCGAACGAGCUGGAGGGCGUGUCAGGGUGCUAGUUGUCGCGGGGCCAGCCAAGGGUUCAGAAGAUGCCCAGCCCACCAACACCUGGUCUCCUGGAAAUGCCAAGCGACUCUGGCAACAAGCGCCCACAGUUCAGAGCCACCGGCACUGCUUACAAUCGACAGACAAGAUCAUCAUCAUCAUCGCAUUGCCUCGUCUUCUUACUAACUCGUCGCGGGGGAGGAAACCAGCUGGUGUUUCCGGCGACGGCUACGCUCACCUGAAUCCCGGAAGCUGA